GUGACCAAGUUUAACCGAAGCAUGUGACAGUGUUUUAUUAUAUAUCAUUGAAUAUAGAAACUAGAAAAGUACUAAAAUUAUGGAACAAUGUGUAGGACAAAUACUCCAUGAGAAAGGCUAGCUGUUUUGUCUUGUGGUUUAUGAAAAGACUAGUUCGACGUGAUGAGUACUUAGGAGGAUUAAAUCAAGUGGAGUUCUCUGAAGGCGUAUGAGAAUUAUUUAAUUAAAACUAGGAUUAUGCGGAAAUUCUAUGGAAUGAGUGAUGUCAGCUUUAUCACUUUAUCUAAAAGUUUAUCCCCGAAAAGUGAUCUGCUGUCCAUAAUUCAUAAGGUUGAAUGCCACUUAUUAUUCAACGUGAGUUUGAGCCAUACCUGCGCACAACCUGAUUCAGAUUUAAAUUCGAACUGAUAUGCCAUUAUCUAGCGUGAUGGCAUGGUGAUUUGUCGCCCAUUUUACUUGACAAGAGUACUGACAGUCGUUACCCUCAGUCUUAAACGUGCUACCAGUGUUGAAAUAUCACGACAAUGUAGUGUGUGCGUACAAACUAAAACUGAAGGGGGACAUUACUGAAAAAACAAUGGUUCCUCUGCCACAUCUUCAACACCACAUCAGCUGUCCAAACAAAAAAUCAAAUAUCGGAACACCAUCUCUGAAUUAAAAAAUGGUCUAUCACCAGUCCGAAUUUUGAAAUGUGUCAAUGAAAUCUUCAUUGUGGUCACCAAAUAGACAUUACUGUUAAAAAGAUUUUAUCUGUCGCGUCAGUGAACUCCUUCACUGUGGUGAAUAUUAACACCAAAAGGAGAUCUUUUACCAAAAGGGCUUAACUUACUUCCUCCUACGCUAACUGCAGGAUGGAUGGAUUCAGAAGAAGCCAGUUCAUUAUCUCUCCACCUGCCAUCCUUAAGGCCGGCGAAAUGCUGAUCCUGGUGACUGGCAUGAUCCUCUUCCUGGCGGAGAACAGCUGUCCUGGAGACAGCACCUUCCUCGCGAUGUACCUGUUACCGUGCGGCGUGUGCUUGGCGGCGACCCUUGUAUCUUACGUCACGGCAGUGUUGGUUCUCGUAGGAGGCAGGAACCCGCUAACUACCCCCACGUGGGUUAAAGGGGACAUAUGGUUCAACGUGUGUGCCUUGGUUCUGAUGCUCGUGGGCUCCGUCCUCACGCUCACCAGGAACGAAUGCUCCAAUAACUAUUCCAUGGUCAUCGCAGCCAUAGCCUUAGGAUUCAUCUCGGUGAUCCUGUACGCGAGCAGCGGCGCCGUUACGUAUGUGAUUCUGGUCAGGCACCAGGAGGGGGUGAAGGCGGCUCAGAGGGCGCAGCUGGAGGACCGGCGCGUCACGCUCAGUGCCCUCGCCUGAAAGUGUGAUGUCAUGCCGCGUCGACGCCGUGCAAGGGGGGGGGAUGUUCAUUAUGAAGAUACUCUUCGGGGAUAAAGCAUAGCGGGAGGAGGAAUGUGCCUCGCCCUCGGGAAUGUGAUGUUCAGUGCGCGUUUUUUUUUUUUUUUUUUUUUUUUACUGUAUACUUAUCAAGUUACUGUUACUUGUUGUAUAUUGGAUGUCACAUUUUCUACACAUAAUUAAAUUAAACUAAAAUAUGCUAGAUAAUGGAGAAGUCAAUCUUAUCUUCAAAUAUCCGAAAUUUGUCUUUACAAGUCCACCUACAAUCUUGGAGAAUAACCAAAAACUGCUUUUUCUGGCCCGAAACCCGAGUUGCAGUUUCAGUUGGAUUGGUGGAAGCAUGUAACUGUUUUGUAUCAUAUAAAAGCUGCAUAAAUGUUAUAUGUGUCUGAUAGUUGUGCUGCUGAAUCAUAUAUAUUUACGUUGUCAUUCUUGAAAAAAAAUCCUUGCUCAUUGUGUUGCUACGUUAGAGUAAGCAGAGUUGGGUACCAGGUGAAAAUGCUGAUUCAUAACAACAAAGGUAUUUUAUAAGAUGAUGCAAGAAAUGUUCCAUACAUGAUCCGAAUAAGGUUUCCCUUCAAUCCACAAACGAAAAGGAAGUUUAAUUAGCAUGUAUUUGAAGGUAGCUUCACCAAUCAAUGUAUAUGCAUCCUGGUAAGAGUUUUCUAAUAUUUUUUUCUUAUGUAGAGACCAAUAUCUGCCCCGAUUUCAAGACGGUAUACUUCUGAUUCCAGAGGGAUAAAAUAUAUCUGUAUUUUGUGAUACUGAUGUUAAUUACAUAUGUAAGUCGACUCAUGUCAAGCAUGUACAAUGUAAUACUAUUUACAAUAAUAAAAUGUUGCCACAUUA